AUGGCAAAUACAGUGAAUGCACACCAAAAGAUUCUUGAAGACCUUUAUCAAAUCUUCCCAAUUGAAGUUGCGCCAAUAAUGCCACCUUAUAAUGAAGAAGCAACUAUGGAUAGUAAAUUCGAAACAUUAAAGGAGGCUAUUAGACGCUUGAAAAGACUGGGUGACCGACGAUUGCAUUUGGUAAAUGCAUUCUUUUUAGGACAAUUCUUGGAAAAGAAAGUAAAAACUAAUGCUUUACGAAGUCAUUACACGCAACAACUGACGCCACAUUAUCGUAUCACAUCUCAACAGGUGUAUUAUUUAUUCGAAGCCUUCGGUGUAAGUCAAGUUAUGAGGACUGUUAAUACCACAUUAACCUUGGUCAGAAAAUUAAACCAAGAAGAAUAUCAAGAUCUGGUCAUGAGGUCUAUGGAGAUUUUCAACGGGGUUGAAAAUUAG